AUGCCUAUCGCCGCGAACGCAAAUCUCCACCAUUGGGUGAAACAGCACAACAGACCCCAUCGCGAAGAAAGUAUGCCAGUCCCGCCGGACAAAUGCGACUUACCUGGCUUCCCAGGCGUCACCGCAGAGCAGCCAAAGGUCUACUCUAGAAAGCUCUGGCUUGUCUCAGAGAACGACCGUCGGAUCAAGCCGAAGUUCCUAUCAACUCAUCCUCAAGUGCUCUUCAAACUCACAGAGAAGGUCGUCAACAAGCUUGCUACUAAUCACGAUGCUUUGCACAUGGCCCUAGCUGAGCUUUACAACAACGCGUCCGACAGGGAGAAGGGCAAAAGCAACUUUCUCGCUCUAGAGGCGGAGCAAAUUCUCACCCACGAAGGCUAUGGUAAAUAUGUCUGGGGCGUAGCGCCCGAGACCCAGGCGCUGUUGGGUAACGCAGAGCAAUCAAAUCCGAACUUGGACCCGGUCUUGGAGGCGGAGCUGAAGCCGAAGUGGUCUACUUUUGAUGAGGCUGGAGUGCUCACUCCUAACGACUACGAAGAGAUUACGCUGAAUCUUCGACAUUGGAUGGCCGCCCGAAUUCACGCCAAGAUCAAUGCCCCUUCCAAGAAGACACCUGUCCGGGCUAGUGCGAAGAAAGCGCGAGGUCGACGAGGCCAAUUGUCUACACCACCUUCAUCCCAACAGCGAGCGAGGGCUAAUGGCAGCCGGACUGAUCGAAUGGUAGUAGGCAGUGUUGCUCCUGGGGCAGCAGCUAAUGGAGGACACGACCCCAUGGAGUUCGUUCAAACCCCCCAGCGAUCUCGAAAUGGGGCACUCAUUCGCCCUAGUGCGAGAGUGAGGGCUCAACAGAAUAGAGACCAAGUCUCGACGCCAAGCAGACUGAGAGAGGGGACGAAUCUCGGCCAGGCUGACCACUUGUGGGCAGACAUUUUCUCUCCUGUGAGAGAGAUAGCAGCUGCUCGAGGAGAUGACUCUAUAGAAGAUAUUCAAGCACCACAACAACCUCCAAACGAUGCCACCAUUGCGUUUCCCAUGGGCGAAGAAGCGGCUAGCGACUUGGUAGACCCAACAGAACUCUUCCUAACGCUGCAACAACCUGCCAGCGAUGUCCCUCAUUCAUCCGGCGAUUCUCUAUACGGGUCCGACCGUGAUCCUGAUCGGUCAGGACCACCGGUCCCCUCCACGGAACCUACAACGCCGGAUACCGCCUAUCACUCGGAUGCCGACACUGUUAGUCAGCAGGUCCAUCGAGAGGCUACAGCCAUGAGAUUUGGCCAGUCCCCACCAACCGCCCGCCCCACUAGAGCGCUGAUUAAAAAUCAACGCAAGCUGAAACGAUGCCUGGAACGAGUGAUUACUAGCAGUCCUCCGAAUUACAAUCUAGUCCUCCAAGAGCUGAAGCAGAGCGUACAAGGCGCCUACGAGGAAAGCGCAUAUUACAAGCAAGAGAAUGAGUUAUACCUUGAGUUUGAGGAGUUAGGACGAGCAUUUGAUUACUGGACCACGUUGAUCGAUGAACUCGUAACGAAACGCGCCGGCUUUAAUGGUGUACCGUGCAUGUCGUUCUUUACAUCCGACUACUUGUAUGAAGAUCGCCUCCGCGGUUUGCAGCACUUGAGAGAACUCCGUCUCUGGCGCAAGGAAAAGGCAGACACAACGAACUGCAAUGGCGAGUUUGAUGUCGACAUUUUGGUAAUCGACAUCGCGACGAUGAUCGAAGGUCUUCAAGGUACCGAGCAUCGUUCCUACCCCCCUGAGGAACUAGUCCGGCAUUUGAAGACCUUUAAUCGACCGCUCUUUGAAUGCUUUGGAUUUACAGCUAGGUAG